AUGGCUUCACCCGCCGCUUCCUCUCCCGCCGCUGCCGCGCUGGCUUCGAUGAAGCAACUGGUCCUCCUACGACUGCACAGCUCCGUCCUGGCACUCUUGUUCGCAGCGGUCUUCUACGGAAUCGCCAUCUCGCUCGCAGCCAGCUACUUCCGACGCUCCGCCGGGCAGAGAAGCGAACCGGUGUUUGUGCGGGUCUAUGUACUCGCGAUCGUCGCGGGCGGAACGGCGUAUCUUGCGAUCCAGGCGACCAUGCUGUACCAGCUCUUGACUGCCCUUUCGACGGGCGUACCGCCACUGCCAGGCGCCCGACCAACCGUCGCGCAGACACUCGAAACUUGGGUCGUCUUCCUCUUCGCACUCACCGUCGAGUCGUACUACGUCUACCGCGCCGUACGCGUCACCCACAACCGUUUCCUCCAAGCCCUUGCGAUUCUCCUCGAACUCGGAGCGCUGAGCGGAUUCCUUGGGUUCGCGGUGACCAAUACGCGGAUACGGUUCGGGGCGGUCGUACCGCCUAGACAGGUCCUGACUUACAUCUUCGCUGCCACCUGGGCAUUCACGACCGACGGCCUGCUCUGCGCCUCGAUCCUCCUCUACGAACUAGUCUACAAGCGUCGCUCGAGCGUCGUCAGGAGUUCGGUCGUGCAGCAGUUUACGGUCGUCGCUGUGAGGAGUAGCGGGUUGGUUGCGUUGUUGCUUGUUAGCACGGCGACGAUGGGUACGAUUGGUUACGUCUCCCAAGAUCCCGUGUACAUCCAGACGGGUUUCGCUACGUCGCGCAUCUUUCCUUUCGUCUCGUGCUGUAUAGUCCUCACCUCGCUACACCACCUCCACUACCUCCGCCUCCGCGACGACGAAUCCGACUUUCACACUCCCCAGCACCGGCGCAGCGCUCCACCUGCGAAAUCAUCAGUUGGAGAGGGAGGUGUAUGCCGUUCCGAUCGUACGCGCCGACGCAAACGAGGAGGAUGA